GUAUCCUCUUAUCUGAAAUCUGAUAGGCUGCUGCGGCUUUGCUGCUGAUGUGGGUUUUUUAAGUUAGCUUGUCGCUUCUCCGUUGCUUUAACCCCACAUUCUGAUCUAACUCUGUACGUUUGGGGAAAUAAUGCCUUACUAUCAGGUCUGGGAGGAGUUCGCUCGCGCGGCAGAAAAACUCUACCUGGCAGAUCCGAUGAAGGUCAGAGUGGUCCUGAAGUAUCGACACUGCGACGGUAACCUGUGCAUCAAAGUCACCGACAACGCUGUGUGUUUGCAGUACAAAACAGACCAGGCUCAGGACGUGAAGAAGAUCGAGAAGCUGCAUGGGAAACUGAUGAGACUUAUGGUGUCCAAGGAGACGCACAGCGGUGCCAUGGAGACUGACUGAGAGGCUCUGGAGCUCCUGGACUGAGCUCAGUGGGCACGGUGCAUUUCAGAAGCACCAGGAUGAGGUGGGAUGGUGGUGGUACCGAGGAGGACACGUGGGGACAUAUGUCCGUCUACACCGAUGGAAGACGUGUCUUCAUUACUGUUUGUUUUCUUCCCUAUUUUAAAAAAAUUGCAACGCUAACUGAUUUUCUGUUCUGAAGGGUGUUGAGGAGCCCCCCCACACACACACAUCCACACUCAGCCACUGAGAAUGAGGAGAAUAUGUGGAAUAAAAGUUUAUUUUCUCUGGUACAA